GCACCUCUUCCACCGCCCACUUGGACGACACCAUUUGAAGCGGUCAAUAAAAACAUAAUUUGCCCGCAAAUGGAAAACCUUUUUAUGGCAAAUCCAAAUUCAACGGAAUCAGAAGACUGUUUAAUUGCAAACAUUUACGUACCUGAUACAAAAACUAAUAAGUUACCAGUUUUAGUCUACGUUCAUGGAGGUGCAUACCAGAUAGGAUACGGUGAAUUUGCUGUAGCAAAGAACUUGAUGAGGGAAAAAGAAAUGAUUAUUAUCAAUUUUAAUUAUCGUCUUGGACCUCAUGGUUUCUUGUGUUUAGGCACACCAGAUGUGCCUGGUAACGCUGGAAUGAAAGACCAGGUAGCCUUACUUCGCUGGGUUAAGAAAAAUAUUGCCAGUUUCGGUGGUAAUCCUGAUGAUGUUACAAUAAUCGGAUACAGU